GAGCACAGGCGGACAGAUGGACAGUGGGGUGUGUAUGGAAACUGUAAUAUCCAGACCGGUUGUCUCUCCAACCCACGUCAGUGCUACAGCUUCUGAAACAUUCACAGUACUUAAGCAAAGGAUGAGAAUAGUUGAGGAACAGACCAGUUCUCUGAGGGAUGACCUGAUAAUGUUGGACUUUGGUGGAAAAAGAGGCCAAUCUGAAACUCCAAAAUGUUCAGAAGCGCCUGUGAACUACAGCAUCACUAGUCCUAUCCAGAAUGAAGUAAUUUGUUCAGGAAAAACAGAUGUUUUAUGGAAGAACUGUGAGUUUCUGGUAAAUCGAAUGUGCCAUCUGGAAAGCCUCAUCCAGUCCUUGAAGAUGAACAUCUUUUGUUUGCAAACUGAAAAGGAUUUCAAUCCACAGAAAACAGCUUUUCUGAAGGAUCGACUGAAUACCAUACAGGAGGAACAUUCCAAGGACCUGAAGCUGUUGCAUCAUGAAGUGAUGAAUUUGCGCCAGCAACUAAGAGACGUAAAAGAGGAAGAAGACAAGGCACAAGAUGAAGUGCAAAGGUUGACUGCCACUCUGGAGAUCGCCUCAGAGACAAAGAAGAACGCAGCCAUUAUUGAAGAGGAACUGAAGACCACAAAACGUAAAAUGAACCUUAAAAUUCAGGAGCUAAGGAAACAGCUGUCUCAGGAAAAGUACCUAAGGGAGUCUCUUGAGGAAUCUGGAUCAGCCAUGCUACUCAAAAUACAAGAAAUGGGGUCAACAGUGGAGGCGGAACGAAAACAGGUGCAAAUUUUGCAGCAAAACUGCCUGUCCCUACGCAGUUCUAUACAGAACACCCAAGAACUACUGGCACAGGAGCAACGACAAAAAGGAGAGUUGGCGACUGCUAUCUCACAGCUCAAGUCUGAUCUAAUUUCUAGAGAUGACCUCAUUUCCAAGUUGGCUGAAGAAAAUAAGAAUGCGCAGAUGUCUUUCAACAAGGAACAUGAAAAAAAUGCAUAUUUGAGGUCUGAAAUAAUAUCUCUUCAUGAAGCAUCAGAAAAAGUACAGGUAGAGCAGAAAAGGAUGACACAGACAUUUCAAGAACAAAACUUACUACUGGAUGCAGCCCAUGCCAGUAUCACAAGUGAGCUGCAGAAUGUUCAAAAUGAGAAAAUUCAACUCCAAACACAUCUGGAUCAUUUAAUCCUUGAGCAUAAUCAGUGUGUCCAGAAGGCACAGGAUGCCGAGAAGAGGACAGCAGUGCAAAAAGAGCUGCUAGAAUCAACCAUUGCAAGAUUGCGAGGUGAACUGGAAGCAUCAUUGCAAGAGAAGACAUCACUGCUAGAAGAGAAAGAAAGACUUCAGAAAGAGGUUAAUAAAGCAGAGAAAGAAAUAGCACAAGAAAAGUGCAAUUUGGAAAAAGAAUUAGCUAAAAACAAGGAAGACAUAAAUGCAUUAACCCACAACCUGCAGGCUCUAGAGGAAAAGAAUAAGCACCUGGCAGAUCAAUUGGCUUGCCUAGAACUUCAGCAAGACACAUCUGAUUACCAUGGGGUGGGUAUAAAAAGCUUGCCCGACAGCAGGUGGAAAAGGUUUUGGGGAAAAUCACUGAGAGUAAAAACAAACUGGCCUAUGAAAAGGGAAAACUCCAGAUAAAAGUUAAGCAGCUAGAAGAACAGCUACAGGCUUUUACUGAAACCCAUUCACAGAAUGACCAUCUACGCAAGUUGAAUAAAGCGCUAGAGGUCAAAUAUGCUCA